ACUGCCGUGCUGGAAAAAAAGAGUUUACCGUUCAAACAGUUCAUAGAAAAAUUAAAUGGAAAAGAUUUAAACAAUCAAUUAAUAGAAUAAAACUGAACGUAUUUUUAACAGGAUUAGUUAACAUCAGUAUCACUAAGAGUCAAAGUUAUUUCGUUUCACUCUGCCGACAAUUUAACGUGUUCAACAAGUAUUCUUGUCAACCAUACAAAAUAAACCGAACUAAGUUUGCAGUGGAGCAAAACCAUGGCUCGGCAGCAAUUUCAAUAUGAUGAGAGCGGUGGCACUUUUUAUUACUUUAUUUUGUCGUUUUUGGCUUUGGUAUUAAUUCCUACAACAAUUUACUCUUGGCCACGUAAAAAGAAAGAAGAUCCCGAAAAACUGAAGCAGGAGUGUCAAUGUUCGGAUUGCUUGAAGAAAAAAACCAUUUUGGCCUCAGCUGAUCCAUACAGAGCUUUAAAAUCCGUUCUUGUUAAAGCAAUCUUAGUACUAGGAUGGAUUCUGUUAAUUUUUUUAACUUAUCGAGUUUCACAGUUUGACUAUGAAAUGGCCAGUUUCGAUCCAUUCGAGAUUUUGAAAAUUGAACCGACAUCUUCAAUGGCGGAAAUUAAAAAAGCUUACCGCAAACUGUCCGUUGUUUUGCAUCCGGAUAAGGAAACGGGUGAUGAAAAAGCUUUUAUGAUGCUUACGAAGGCCUAUCAAGCUCUUACAGAUGAAGUAGCGAAGGCCAACUAUGAAAAAUAUGGUAAUCCUGACGGCCCAGGAGCCAUGUCAUUUGGAAUUGCAUUGCCAUCGUGGAUCGUAGAGAAAGAGAAUUCUGUAUUGGUUCUAGGUUUAUAUGCACUGGUGUUUAUGAUAGCUUUACCUUCUGUAGUUGGCAUGUGGUGGUAUCGGUCUAUUCGCUAUUCAGGAGACAAAGUACUAUUGAAUACAUCACAUAUGUAUUUUCAUUUUAUACUUAAAACUCCACAUAUGUUACUUAAAAGAGCUCUAAUGGUGCUGGCCGCUAGUUUAGAGUUUGACAAACGUCAUAAUUCACAAGUAAUUGAACGACAGUCAGAUAACGAGGAAGUGCCGGCGCUGAUACGCCAACUGCCAAAUCUUAAUGAAAAAUGCAAAGAGCAUCCUCUCUGUCGUAUGUACUCUAUUAAAACUCGAGCUAUUCUUCAUGCCCAUCUUUCACGUAUACCUCUGAGCUUGGAAACAUUGGAAAAGGAUCGACAGUUUAUCGUAAAAAAAUGCCCCUAUUUGGUGCAGGAAAUGGUCUCUUGUGUGCAUCAGAUUGUUAUGCUCGCCUAUGCACGUCGCGCUCCUCGUCUACCCAGUAUUGAGACAAUUGAAAAUUGUAUGAAGAUGUCACCGAUGAUCAUACAAGCCCUCUGGGAAUUUAAGUCGCCGCUCUUACAGUUACCGCACAUUACCGAAGACCAUUUAUACUUUAUGAACAAAAAAAGACACAUAAAAAAUUUACAACAAUUUGCCCAAUUAUCAUCUGAGGAGAGUCGGCAUCUUCUUAAAAGCUUGCCAGAUUUUGAGUACGAAAAUGUUAUGAAAGUUCUCGGUCAAAUGCCGUUGGUCGACUUUUCAAUACGUUGCGAAGUUAUAGAUGACGAAAACACGAACGUGGUAACAGCAGGAGCUAUUGUUACUGUCACCGUUACAUUAAUACGUCAAGACAUGAAAACAUUGUUCGGAAAUUCCAAGGUGCCACAAAAGCAAAGUAUCAAAGAUGAUGAAGAGCGCGCUGAAGAGCAAGAGGGUGACGGGGUUGGCGUUGGCGCAGCGCCAAUUAAAAAGCAGGCUCCAUGGAGUAAAAUGCGUAAAGGCAAAGGUGGAAAAGGUGGGAAGAAACCAGGAUCGAAUCAAAAAAGAAAACCUAAUCCGCCGAAAAAUUCUGCUGCUAGUGGUAACACUGACACGCAAGAGCAAUCUAAAUUGAACUCCGAAGCCGAUUCUGAUGCUGAUGGCAGUGAUUUAGAUGAGAAAGAUUCGGUUUCGGGCAGCGAAGAUGAAAACGACAAGCAAACGAAAAAUAUAUCUUCACUAACGGUUGACGAUGACGACGAGGAAUGGGAAAAACUUCAAGCCAAAUUAAAUAAGCGCGAAAAGUUCGAAGGCAAAUCCCGCAUAUCACACACUGUACAUUGUCCCUUCUUUCCAGAAGAAAAACAGGAAUACUGGUGGACUUACAUCUGCGAUCGGAAAUCACGUACAUUGUUAACCGCACCAUACUAUGUAACAAAUCUGGUGGAAAGGGAGGAGAUACAAUUGAAGUUCACUGCUCCACGAUGGCCUGGUGUCUACACUUUCACCGUUUGUCUCCGUUCUGAUUCAUAUUUGGGUAUGGACCAACAACAGGAGCUGAAGUUAGAUGUACAAAAAGCUCCGGCACCACCUACCGAACAUCCUCAAUGGGAUCUAAGCGAGUCGGAACCUGAGCAUAACGACCAACAAGAGAGUCUAAGUGACUAUCCGACCGAUACUUCUGACGAAGAGGAGAAUUCCGAAUAAAAAGCAAUAAAAACAAACAAUACCAAUGCGCGAAACACCCCCACUAAUACCCUCCUAUAUUUUUUAAAUAAUGAAGAUACUAUGCAUUCGCACCAAUAUCAAAUCA